AUGGCCAAAAGGGAUCGCCUGAUCUCGGCGUUCAAGGAAUACGAGCGAUAUAACAUUGAUAUUUUGAGUAAAAACCCAGAUGAUUCUGAAAAUGUCGGCGACCAAGAAGAUAAGUACAUUUCAACAUUGGCCAGAUUGAACGAUGAAAUAUCUUCUAGGAAGAGCAGCACUGGUGACGAAGAAGAUAUGCCUAGAAAUCACACCCCCUUGGCACACACUAAGCUUCCAAGCGUGGAAAUUGUAACAUUUACCGGAAAGUAUUAUGGACCGGGACAUUCAGAAGUCCCCAACAUUGGUAGAAUUUAUAGAUUUUCUGCAAAAGAGAGCUUUGGCACUGGAAACCGUGGACGCCAAUGGAAACCAACGGCAUCCCUCUUCGAGCAACUCUGUCAGGGCAGUCGGUGUAAGGGCCUCGCCAAGGUCAAGUUGAUCCGAAGCGAUGGUACUGAGGUACUCAUCAAAGCCCUGCUUGAUACAGGUUCCCAAGUCUCAUUUGUCACUUCUCAUGUAGUACAGGAGUUGGGGCUCAUACCUAGAGAGAGCAACAUUGACAUUAACAUCCUGUGGAGAGAGAAUCCCAACACCGAGAUCAGAUGCAUCCAGCUGACGACGGUCAUCCUAUGGUCUAAAAAGCUCCAGUUUCCUCGCUACACGGUGACGCAGCUGAAUGCUUAUGUAGCUAACAGAAUCCAAGUUGUGGCGCAGUUAACUGCCGGUUGGACUUGGCACUACGUCAGUACGAGCGACAACCCUGCGGAUCUCAUCACGCGCGGCGUGAGUCCCCAGGAGCUUGCAGACAACAUGCUCUGGUGGACAGGGCCCUUAUUCCUGCAAAACGAUAAGUUAAAGGCUGAAUCAUCGAAGCAGUUAAUGGGUUCCUUGCCGACACAAAGAGUUACACAAGCACAUCCAUUUGAUAAAGUCGUCAAGACC